AUGAACGACACUCAGAUCCCGCAGAGUCCGCAGUCUGUGAGACGGAACAAAUCUGCUGCUCAGCGGCGUUACAGGAAGAAGGAAGAGGAAGCAUUCUUGCUGCUGCGAGAGGCCCUCAAGGAGGUGGUCAAGGAUGAUCCACGAACAAGACAGGACAUCUUGACGACAGCUUCCUGCGAACUUAGACGCCUGGCAGAUGAAAAAGAUCUGUUGCUAGAACAGAAGGCACGGAUCGAAGCUUGGAGCACUUCUAAAGAGAUUUAUAAAGAUGAACAUUCUCAAUCGCCCUCAGGCAGAGUGAUUUACGAGGACCCUAUGCAAUGGUGGUCACAUGAUAGAACCAAGAUGGCAGACAUCACUCGGUCAGACAUGGCGCGCUACCGCGUGCUGGAUGCUGCAAUGCCGUCUGGAAACGUAACUAUGCCCACAGUACAGGGCCCCCAAUGUACCAAAGCGGGGAUGUCGCUCGACGGCCGCACUGUGGUUAUUCCGCCGGGUGUGACUAGUCACUACUCAGCAUGCCAUUGCACUCCGCAGUGGGAAUCGCCUCUUGGUGUGUCGAUGCUGAACCAAAAAUAUGAAUAUGAGAAAGCCCCUCUCCCGCAGACGAAAUAUACCACGUCAAAUCAGUACAAUCUUCCGAUUGCGACCGCAUAUGAGGACGCCAACUUCUACUGUGACCCUAUAGUAUCGAUCCAGUCCGUGCCGGGGGCCCCAUUUUCCUUAGCAUUGAUCCGACGAUACGCUGUCAGGGUUAUAACUCACAUACUGGAUCUGAUGGGUAUGACUGAGCACAAAGUUCAGUAA